CAAAGCAAGAAUUAGCGUAUAGAAAGGAAGCAGCAUUUCCUUUCAGCUGCUUUUAAAAAGUCCCCGGGGAUAUAGCCCACUUCUCAUUUCUCAACACCAGCUUAUCUUCUCUUUUCUUAAGUAUAAGAGGGAUAGGUACUUAUUCCUGGCCGGCGGUAUCAUUGCUGCUCCCCGCCUAAUGCAGAUCAUUGUGCAAUGCUUAUGUGAAAUCUCAAUCCAAAACGGAUUCGUUUCGUUGGUAGAACCCACGCCGACGUCAAGAUCAGUCUCCUUUCCUUUCAAAAGUGAGCGAGCAGAGCUGAAAAAGAUGGAGUUACCUGGAGAUGAGAUUUCUUUCUACGGAUAUGAAGGAUAGAAAUAUGCUAUUUGCUGCUAUUCCAUCUAUUUGUGCAUCAAGUCCGAAGAAGAUCUCAAUCUAUAAUGAAGAAAUGAUAGUAGCUCGUUGUUUUAUAGGCUUUCUCAUAUUCAGUCGGAAGAGUUUAGGUAAGACUUUCAAAGAAACUCUCGACGGGAGAAUCGAGUCUAUUCAGGAAGCAUUGCAGCAAUUCUUCAAUCCUAACGAAGUAAUUCCGGAGGAAUCCAAUGAACAACAACGAUUACUUAGGAUCAGCUUGCGAAUUUGCAGCACCGUAGUAGAAUCAUUACCAACGGCACGCUGUGCGCCUAAGUGCGAAAAGACAGUGCAAGCUUUGUUAUGCCGAAACCUAAAUGUAAAGUCAGCAACACUUCUAAAUGCCACUUCUUCCCGCCGCAUCCGUCUUCAGGACGAUAUAGUCACAGGUUUUCACUUUUCAGUGAGUGAAAGAUUUGUAUCCGGGUCUACGUUCAAAGCUUCUACCAUAGACCUAAUUCGAGAAGGCUUGAUAGUCCUAAGAAAGGUGAGGGUGUCCGAAUGAUCAUUUUACAUCACGAUAUCUUUUUCUUCUGGUUAUGCGUUUUCCUCUGAACUUUUCUUUUUAUUUAUUUUAUGGAAUCGUCCGGGCAGAAACGGGCAAGAAUCUCUUCUGUCGUAGAGGCCUCGUCGAGUGCUUCCGCUACGCCAGGAGAUGAUGAUCAACGAAAAAAGGGGUGGGACGGAGAGACACCGAUGGAAAAGAGGAGUUGAGGUCAGAGCCAUCCACAAGCCACACCCCGCCGAACCCUUUUCCUGAAGCACCAUCUAUUGAUUUCUUAAGGAAACGCAUUAAAACGGUUCUUAGGUCCUGUCAAAAUAAGUGCCCGGCGGAUCGCCUAUUACGCUCUACUUACUCGGAUCUUCACCUUGAAACGGCGAGCGCGGAGAAACGGAUCAAAAUCGCCCAGGUCCUCGCGGAUAUGUCCAAGCGAGGCCAAUAUUUUAGGAGUAACAAAAGGGAGCAGCCCCAUACCGACUUGAUUAUUCAAAUCUGCGAUUGGGAGCGGGAUCACCUACGAAAAAGAAAUUCACUGGUGUAGGUUUCUUUGCAGAAACCGAGGCCCCUACUUUCCUUCUAAGGGUAAGUCGGGGGAAAGAAGAGCGGGAACGAGGGCUUCUUUCACUG